AUGGCAGAUAUGAAGUGCAGUCAUACCGGGCGCAGUGCAGGGGGCCAAUCGAUAGGCAGCAUGUCAAAUCCUUUGGCUGUCGUCGAUACCCUCCAUUCGAAAAGCCGGGCCACGCCUACCGCAAAACAAGCCCCGCGCCGAAAGGGCCGCGGUCGUCGUCGGAAGACAGAUGAUGACCGCGAAAUUGAGACUGUAGUCUUUGGAAAUGUGAGGUUCCGUGCGUGGUAUCAAUCCUGGUACCCCAAAGACUUCAUUGGCGAGGGCAAAGGGGUUAUUAAGAAUCUGUAUGUGUGUCCGAAAUGCUUUGCAUAUAGUCGGGGUGAAGAUGAUACGGAGAUCCAUGCCUGGCUCAGACAUUGGAGAAGUUGUCGGAGGGUUGUGAUUCCAGGCAACAGAAUCUACGUGCAUGGUAAUUGGGAAGAGAAGGGCAUAGAUGGUGUGGAAGAAGAGAAAGGAACGUGGAGUAUUUGGGAGGUUGAUGGAGCAACAGAGACACUAUUCUGCCAAAACCUCUCCCUCUUUGCAAAGAUCUUUCUUGAUAACAAAUCAGUUUUCUUUGACGUCUCUACUUUCAACUUCUUUCUCUUGGUCUAUGCGCCCCCCUCUGCUGAUCCACCUCAAAGUCCCCAAAUAGUUGGAUUCUUUUCCAAGGAGAAAAUGUCAUGGGACAACAACAACCUUGCCUGCAUACUGAUUUUCCCCCCUUGGCAACACCGAGGUCUAGGCUCACUACUGAUUGGAAUUAGCUAUGCGAUUGCCCGGCGCGAGGAGAUCAUGGGGGGACCGGAGAAACCGAUAAGUGAGUUAGGUAUGAAAAGCUAUCAAGGUUACUGGGCUAGCGAGAUUGCAAAGUUUCUAUUGCAGUGGAGGGAGGAUACUCACCCAGGAUUGGAUGUCAACACUAUCAGCCGCGGAACGUGGAUCAGUCCUGACGACUGUUUAUCGGUGUUGAGGGAGAUGGAAAUCUAUGAGCAUGGUGGGUCGUUGACAUUAGCUUCGCACAGCCUACAAAUGGCCGAUGAGCAAUCUGAGGCACUUGAAACACAGGGGAAGCUAAGGAGGCGAGGGACAAACAAAAAGAAAGACUGUGUUCACAUCGAUAAACAGAGGGUGAGGAAGUGGGUUGCUUGUAAAGGAAUUCGUAUGGAACGGCUGGUUUGUGAACAAGGAUUUCGCCCCGGAUAUGCGUUAAAGAUACGCCAAACAUUGGAGUAG